AUGAACUUGCCUCCUGAUAAAGCCCGCCUCCUUCGACAGUACGACAAUGAAAAGAAGUGGGAUCUAAUCUGUGACCAGGAGAGAUUUCAAGUCAAAAAUCCCCCUCACACCUACAUCCAGAAACUUCGAGGAUACUUAGACCCUGGCGUCACACGAAAGAAGUUUCGGAGGCGAGUCCAGGAGUCGACCAAAGUCCUGAGGGAGCUGGAGAUAUCGCUCAGGACAAACCACAUUGGGUGGGUCAGGGAGUUCCUCAAUGAUGAGAACCGAGGCCUGGACAUCCUGGUGGAGUACCUUUCCUUCGCCCAGUGCGCUGUCAUGUUGGAUUUUGAAGGGCUGGAGAAUGGUGGGGAUGAUGGCAUUUUGGACAAGUCUAGAUCAUGGAGCAGGUCAAUUGAGGACCUGCACAAUGCAAUGGCUCAACCCUUUUGCAACACUUUGGUGCGCUCGGCCCGCCAGUCUGUCCUUCGUUAUGGCUCCGUUUCAAACAGCAGAACCAUCAAGAACUCGCGCCUCGUGAGCCAAAAGGACGACGUGCACGUGUGCAUCAUGUGUUUACGAGCCAUCAUGAACUACCAGUAUGGCUUCAAUAUGGUGAUGUCACACGCACAUGCAGUCAAUGAAAUUGCUCUGAGCAUGAACAACAAGAACUCAAGAACUAAAGCUUUGGUCCUUGAACUGUUGGCUGCUGUGUGUCUGGUUCGAGGCGGACAUGAAAUUAUUCUUUCUGCAUUCGACAACUUUAAAGAGGUGUGUAAGGAAAAGCAUCGGUUUGAGCGACUGAUGGAUUAUUUCCGUGGAGAGGAGGGAAACAUUGACUUCAUGGUUGCAUGUAUGCAGUUCAUCAACAUUGUGGUCCACUCUGUGGAGGACAUGAACUUCAGGGUCCAUCUGCAGUUUGAAUUCACUAAAUUAGGGCUGGAUGAUUACUUAGAGAAAUGUAAACACACGGAGAGUGACAAGCUGUCUGUGCAGAUCCAGGCCUACCUGGAUAAUGUGUUUGAUGUAGGAGGUCUUCUGGAAGAUGCAGAGACCAAGAAUGCAGCUCUGGAAAAAGUGGAGGAACUGGAGGAGCACCUGUCUCAUGUGACAGAGAAGCUGCUGGAGGUGGAGAAUGAGACAAUGAUGAAGGUAGCGGACCUGGAGAAAGUUCUUAUUCUAAAGGAUAAGGAGCUCCAGGCAGUGCGGGAGACAUAUGAGUUCUCCAACACUCAGGUCACUACCCUGAGGAGAGUCAUCAAGGAGAAGGAUGCGGCCUUCCAAAGACACUUCAACAUCGAGAGGCGUCUGCUGGAGCUGGAGCAGCAGGGCACCAUCCGCCUGCACAAGAAACCUGAUGGAGACAUCUCCAUAGAGCCUCUGGGGGUAGGACCGGUUCCUCUGGGAAACAUCGGGCAGCUGUCUCUGGGCUCCACAGCGACUCUGACUGAAGCAGGAGGUCCAGACCUCGGUCUACCUCCAGCCAGCGAGGCUCCUCCUCCACCACCACCUCCUCCACCUCCCCCUCCUCCACUGCCCUCCGCAGCAGGACCUUGUGCUCCAGUUCCUCCUCCUCCACCACCUCCACCUCUUGCGCCUCCUCUACCUGGAACUUCUCCUUCUGUCAUUUUCAGUACUGGUUUAUCAGCAAUCAAGAUAAAGAAACCCAUAAAAACAAAGUUCCGCCUCCCUGUGUUUAACUGGACUGCCCUGAAACCAAACCAAAUCAACGGCACAGUCUUCAAUGAGAUCGACGAUGAGCGUGUGCUGGAGGAGCUGGACCUGGAGAGGUUUGAGGAGAUUUUCAAAACAAGAGCUCAGGGUCCUGUUGUGGAUCUGUCUUGCACUAAGAGUAAAGUAGCCCAAAAGGCCCAAAACAAAAUCACACUGUUGGAUGCAAACCGCUCCAAAAACCUCGCCAUCACUUUACGAAAGGCCAACAAGACGACGGAGGAGAUUUGUAAAGCAAUUGAGAAAUUUGACCUAAAGGCGUUGCCGGUGGACUUUGUAGAGUGUCUGAUGCGCUUCCUGCCCACGGAGGCAGAGGUCAAAGUAUUGCGACAGUACGAACGGGAGAGAAGGCCACUGGACCAGCUGGCAGAGGAGGACCGCUUCAUGCUUUUGUUCAGCAAGAUCGAGAGGCUCACGCAGAGAAUGAACAUCAUCACUUUUGUCGGGAACUUUGCAGACAAUGUCAGUCUGCUCACGCCACAGUUGAAUGCAAUCAUUGCUUCUUCAGGCUCAGUCAAAUCAGCGCCUAAGUUGAAAAGAAUGCUUGAGAUAAUCCUGGCCUUGGGAAAUUACAUGAACAGCAGUAAACGAGGCAGUGUUUAUGGUUUCAAAUUGCAGAGCUUAGAUCUGCUAUUGGACACUAAGUCUACCGAUAGAAAAAUGACAUUGCUCCACUACAUUGCACUCAUUGUGAAGGAAAAGUAUCCAGAACUGUCAAAUUUCUACAACGAGCUGCAUUAUGUUGAUAAAGCAGCAGCAGUUUCCUUGGAGAAUGUUCUGCUUGAUGUCCGGGAGUUAGGGAAAGGCAUGGAUCUUAUACGAAGAGAGUGCAGUCUCCAUGAUCACCCCAUCCUCAAAGGAUUUCUCCAGGCCAGUGACACGCAGCUGGACAAGUUGCAGAAGGAUGCCAAGACAGCGGAGGAAGCCUUCAACAAUGUGGUAAACUACUUUGGAGAGAGUGCCAAGACGACUCCACCCUCUGUGUUUUUCCCCGUGUUUGUGCGGUUUAUCAAAGCGUACAAGGAUGCAAUGGAGCAGAACGAACAAAAAAAAAAGCAGGAACAAGCCAUGCGGGAGAAGUUACUUGCUCAGGAGGGUAAAGAGCAAGACCCCAAGGUCCAGGCUCAGAAGAAGCGGCAUCAGCAGCAGGAGCUCAUCGCCGAGCUGCGAAAGCGCCAGGCAAAAGACCACCGACCAGUUUAUGAGGGGAAAGACGGCACAAUAGAGGAUAUCAUCACAGUCCUGAAGAGCGUGCCCUUCACAGCCCGCACUGCUAAACGCGGCUCACGGUUCUUCUGUGAAGCCAACCUCUGUGACGACGCCAACUGCUAG